CAACCCCCGAAAUCCUCACCCAGGGCCCCAAAUAUCCCAGGUCCAUUACCGCAAAACCUUUCUCCCUGAUCCCCUAAACGUCCCAGACCCCCGAGGUGACCGACCUCCUAAUUCCUUAAUGUCUGGUGCCUCCCAAUUCUUCAAUCCCCCACCCUGUCCCGAAGUGGCAAUUGAGGCUUCCCGGGGGUCCUGCCUCAGAUUACCUGAGAACAGGAGACGUUCGGAGCCCAGGACAUGUCGGGAUUGAGGAGAUACGAGGUGGCGCUGGAGGCGGAGGAGGAGAUCUACUGGGGUUGCUUCUACUUUUUCCCCUGGCUGCGCAUGUGGCGGAGGGACCGGAGCUCGGCGCAUCCACGGGAGCAGAAGCUGGAGCCUCUGCGAGGCCUGAUGAGCUGUCUAUCAAGCGGCCUGGGCCCUGCCCCCCAGCGUUCGGGUCGCGGCCUCCCUCGCCGCACCCCCGCCGCCACUGCCCAGCCAGCCGGUGCAUUAAAGAUUUAAACCGAA